AUGUCGGAGGAGGCCGGGGAUGAUUCUUCGGAGUGGAAUGUCUCCGAGAACGAGUCGGAGGGUCUGAAAGAAGACCCGAGUGAGGAGUCGGUGGUGGUGGGCAGGAGCUACCUGGUCAAACGCAAAGGACGCAGCUACCUGCAUGUCGAGUGGAUGGCCGAAGACACCCUUCUCGCAGCCUCCAGGCUCGCCAAGGGCAAGUUGAACCGCUUCAACAAACUCUUCGACAGACGUAUCCUUGACCAGGAAAUUGAUCCCGCCGAACCCCCUGAGCAGUUCUUCGACUCCUCCUUCCUGGAGGUCGACCGCAUCAUCGGCGCCUCGGAGCUGUUCCCCGUCGUCCACCAGAACAAGAGCCAGGAGGCCCGCACCCGCUGGUUCGGUUCCCUCGUCCUGGUCAUUUCCAAGCUACUAAACUUUUCAGACCUGAAGGUGCACUACGGCCUGAUCCUCAAAGACCACGCUGCCCAAUACGACCCCUCCCUCCCCGACCUCAACGUCCUCCUCAACCGCCUUUACCUGGCCUAUUACAAAACCCCUCUGGAUUUCUGGGCGGACCUGGGCGAAACCCUUUCCAGAGUCAGGGCCCUUCGCGGUCCCGACACCAACCUGCAUCGCAUUGCCAGCCUGCUGCUCGCCUGCGCCCGGCACAUCUACCAUCAGUGGUACCUGCUUUCCACCCAUCGCUAUCUUUCCUUACUGUUGUCGCCCCCGAAAGGCAUCGAGCAGACAGUGUCCGAGGACCGGCUGGAGCACAUCAAGCGGGAGCUGGAAGGCCUGGCCACCGAACGGUUAUUCCUCGUCAAGUGGAGGAACCUUUCCUACUUACAGUGCACGUGGUAGUUCGAGAAGGAUCUGGACUGCCCUCUCAAGAUCGGGGAGUUCAAGGUGUUCAACCGGGCUCUGGACAAGUAGACGCGCAGCCUGACGCAGGCGCAGUCGAAGUGCCACAACACGCUGUUCGAGGUGGCGCUCAACCCCAAGAAAGGCAGCCGGAUGGGCGGGGCCCAUCUGGCCGACCUCCGCAACCGGCUGUACCAUUACAACGUCAGGGAGAAGAAGCUGCCGGUCAAGUACACCCCCGCCAGCCAGCCGAUCUUCCGAGAGAACAAGCGCCUUCGGUCGUACCAGCUCGAAAGCCUGAACUGGCUGAUCGAGGCCUGGUACGACGGCCGCAAUGUGAUCCUGGCUGACUAGAUGGGCCUCGGCAAGACAAUCCAGUCGGUUGCUUUCCUGAAUCACAUCUUCUCCUUCGAGAACAGCAAAGGUCCGUUUCUGGUGAUCGCACCCCUGUCGACCCUGGACCACUGGAAGCGGACGGUCGAGGAGUGGACCUCCCUCAACUGCGUGUACUACUACGACGGGGAGGGGCAGGCAGGUCGAGGCCGCAUCCGGGACCACGAGUGGUACUACACCGAUAUCUCGUUGAAGGGCGCGGUCAUCCAGAACCCCGAGCUGCACAAGUUCCAUGUGCUGGUCACCUCCUACGAGGUGUUCCUGCAGGAUUUGCAGCGUGUGCUGCAGUUCAUCCCCUUCCAGUUUGUGAUCGUUGACGAGGCGCAUCGCCUCAAGAACCAGAACGCCAAGAUCAUCGACUCCCUGCGCAGCCUGUGUUGUCGACGGGUAUUGCUGCUGACCGGCACCCCCAUCCAGAACAACACCACUGAGCUGUGGUCCCUGCUGCACUUCAUCGAGCCAGGCACCUUCCCCUCCAUCGCGGACUUCACCCGGCGGUUCGGCGAACUAACCAGCGCGGCAGAGGUGGACCAGCUGAACCAGGAGCUGGCGCGGUACCUGCUGCGGCGCAAGAAGGAGUAGGUGGAGCGGUCGAUCCCGCCCCUGCAGGAGACGAUAAUCGACGUGGAGAUGACCAACCUGCAGAAGACGAUCUACCGUGCCCUCUACGAGAAGAACAAGGGCAUGCUGAUGAAAGGAGUCAGCUCGGUGGCAGUCAACGCCACCCUCAACAACCUGGAGAUCCAGCUGCGCAAGUGCUGCAACCACCCCUUCCUCAUCCGCGAGAUCGAGCAGGAGCUGGUCCGGGGCGUGACCCCCGCCCAGCGCCAGGAGCAGCUGCUGGACAGUUCGGGCAAGAUGCUGCUGGUGGGCAAGCUGCUCGAAAAGUUCAAGCGCGAGGGCAAGAAGGUGCUGGUCUUCAGCCAGUUCACCUACAUGCUCCAGCUGCUCGAGGAGUUGCUCCGGGCCCUGGGAAUGCGCUACGAGCGCAUCGACGGCCAGAUCAAGGCCCGAGAGCGGCAGAACGCCAUCGACCGUUUCAACUCCAAGGAGGUCCAGCGCGAUGUGUUCUUGCUGUCCACGAAGGCCGGCGGGAUCGGCAUCAACCUCACCUCGGCCAACGUGGUGAUAAUCUACGACUCGGACUGGAACCCCCAGAACGACAUCCAGGCCACUGCCCGCGCCCACCGCAUCGGCCAGCUCCAGGAGGUGCAGGUCUACCGCCUGAUCACCAAAAAGACCUAUGAGGCGGAGAUGUUCGAGCGCGCCACCCGCAAGCUCGGCCUCGACCAGGCCAUCUUCAUGGGCUCGGCCCUGCGCAAAGACCCUGAGAAGGUCGACAAGGCCGAGGACGAGGCCCGCCGCAAGGAAAUGGAGGUGCUGCUCAAAAAGGGCAUUUUGGGCCUGAUCGACGACUAGGAGCAGGCCAACCGCUUCGGCGCCGAGGACAUCGAUGAGUUUCUGAAGGCCAACUCGAGGGUGGCAAAGUACUCACUCAUCAAGGGCGCAUACUCCUUCAGCAAGAGCGAGUUCGUGCCGGCCUCGACCGACCAGUCGAUCGAGCUUAACGACCCCAACUUCUGGUCGAAAGUGCUGAAGAACAUCGACAGUAAGGCCCAGAGCCUGGGCAAGCGCUUCGACCAAGGCGGGUUCUAGGACCUGUCCACCCAGAUCCAGUUCGUGUUCUAGCUGAGCCUGUCAGUCAAGGAACUGAUCGAAAGCAAGCUGUCACUGACCAACUACAACGCGGAAGACGAAAAGUGCCUGUCCGAACUGCUCAGCAAACUGCACGCCAGCAAGGACUUCAACCGCUCGCUGAGGGAGCUGGGCAACAACUGGCUCUAUGAGGUGAUGCGGCCCACCCGUAGGUUCAAGCACAUGACUGUCCCCGAAAUUGAGGAGUAUCUCAACCGCCCCGCCCCUGCUGCUCGGGUGGACCCUGACAGCGACCUUUUCUUGGAGGAGGGCAAGCCAGAGCCGCCUGACCGGGGCGGGCGACUGGACGAGCUGGUCAAGAAACUGUGCGCUGUGUGCGAGCAGCCGAAAUGCGUGAUCCACUGCACCAAGUACUGCAAGCGGCCGGAGCAGGUGAAGGACCUGAUCGAAGCCGAGCCCUGCAGCGACUGCCAGACGCACAUCGUGCAAUGCUUCAUCUGCAAGAAGAACGGUAGCUAUCACGGCAGUGACUACAGCAAGCACCGCAAGGGCAACGUCAUCAAGCUCAAGAAGGAGCAGGACGACGACCCCGAGGUCGACGACCCCGAGCGCGAGCGCAACGAGGUGACCAAGUGCUCCACUGCCAACUGCAACCGCUUCUACCACUGCGACUGCAUCAGCGGGCUGGAAAACGCUCAUCUCUUCAAGUACAUCGACAGCAAGUCCUUCCACUUCCGGUGCUCGCUGCACUACUGCGCCCGCUGCGGCGAGAGUGGCGAGACCAUGACCAUCCUGCAGUGCGCUCGCUGUCCCCGCGCUCUCCACCUUAGCUGUAUGGACAAGGACCGUGUCCAGAAGCUUAGCAAGAAGUACAUGGACUACCGCGAGCUCAAGUACGUCCGCAAGACCCGUGAGAAGCGAGAGGAGGGAAGACGUCCUGACCUGACCUACGAAGAGCUGGGGAUCCCCCCGCCCAGCGAAUUCAACUAUGAAAGCUACGGAAAGGACUGGUGCCGGUACUGCGGGGCGCGGCUGCAUUCAAACUUUACGAAAGGGCCAUGGGGUCCCAAAACCCUCUGCACGGUGCACUACCUGGACUGGAGCAAGAAGCACAUCCUUGACCUCAGCGAGCACAAAGAGCGGCCACGCCGGCCGAUCAACCCCGACUGCCGCGAAGAGCUGCGGUACCUUUCGGAGCGGAAAAACAAAAACGGCGAGUUCGAUGUCCGACGGGCACUCGAGGACGCGCCUGAGCGAAGGGAGCGAGGCUGA